AUGGGCGGCGACUUCACACAUAAAGUCACGCACUCUGACCGGCUCCUCGUCCAGGCCGCCGAGUCCUUCAACACCGACUCCCAUCGCCCAAUCAUGGGCCAGCCACCGGUGCUCAAGCUCUACGAGCACGCGUUCACCAUCGACGUCUCAGGCGCAGGGGAGGGCCGCGCCCAGCCAUGCACAUUUACCAGGCUUGCGGGCCUCCGCGAUGUGUUUCUCCGCGCUGAGGUCGCCGUCGCUGCGCUUCAGGGUGCAGUCGGGCGGAAUUCGUCCGUGCUGCAGGUGCCGUUCCUCAACCUGCUCGCCUCCGUCGCGAACCGUGCCGGCGGCAUCCGCAUCCGCGUGGGGGGCAACACCCAGGAGUACGCCACGCUCGUCGACGCGCUCCCUCCAACCACGGCAGUCGGCGCGGUCACUGCAGAGGGUCCCGUCGUCUUCCCGACCGGACCUCAGAUGGUCGAGUCGAAGGAGCUGUUGUAA